AUGUAUCUCCAGCGCAUGGGCCAAACAGGAUCUCUUGUCACGGUCGAGGUCUCCGACAACAACGACAAAGCCCCUCGCAACAAGAUGCGCAAUAUGGCUCGACGGGGCGUCUUGUACCUCCCUACAACUACUAUACUGCUCGGCUGCUGUGGUAUUCUAUUCACCGGCAGAUCACUCCACCCGUCCUGCAUGGCCAGUGUAGCUCUGCUCCUCCUGUCUCGCCUCCUUUCGAUCGUCACCCUCCGUGCAAGGACGACGUCGCCAUGGCAUGGCGAAUCCGAGCCCGGUGUCAAGGGCGACCUGCUGAUCCUCCUGUCCGAAGACCGCUGGAUCAGGAUGAAAGGGCUAGUCGACGACCUCAAGGCCGUAACGUCGGGAAGCUGGCUCGCGCGUCCGAAACACCCUGUGCUAUGCGAGUCCCUGGACUGGGUUGCCGGACUGCUGGUCUACAUUGCGGUCAUCGUGCUUGUCAAUGCGCCGAAUCAAGGAAAGGUUAUACUCGCCUUGUAUGCCCUACUUGGCCAUGGAGCCCUGGCCCUGCACAACGCUACAUGUCAAGAAUUGGUCAUGAACGAGCGUACGGUCAGCGUGUCUUCACAACCAGGCAGUGUCACGCGGUACACGCGCAGGCUGGUCAUGGCACGAGAACUCGUCGAAGAGAUCGGCCGAAGCGACUUCGCCAUCAGGUUGGGCAUGCUCAAUCCCGACGAUGUGGACUCUGGGGGGAAGUUGAAAAACGACCUUGUCACAAUGUAA